UCGAGUGCAAUCAGUGAAAACGGUGAAGAUGGCGCCGACUGGUGGUCGGAUGCAGAGUGUUAUAUUAUGUUUUAGUUUUUUGAUGGUUUUUCUUCAGUGUUCCGCUUACAGGAAAUAUAGUUUAGGGCAUGACAAGGUUUGUUCACACGUGAAAAAACAAACAAUUAAACUUCCUCCAGAAAAUGGAAUUUUAAUUACUGAACAGCGAACAUUUGAUAAGUGGUCUGGAUACAAAGAAUUUCGCUGUAAGUUUAAAGUUGAGCUUCUAGAUGAAGGAGAUUUGUUUGCGGUGAUACAAAAUGUAACUUUUAGAAAGGAUCCAGUUACUGGUGAAUGCAUCGAUUAUGUACAGCUCACAGGUGAUGAUAAAAGAAUGAAGACUGAGAAAAUUUGUGGGACUGUCAAUGCAAUAAAGCGUCUUUAUGGAAAUGCAGUACAAUCAUAUUCAGAUACCGUACCAAUAGCUUUUGUGGAUUCUGAUGGUGAAAUAUCAGUUGAAGUGUAUGUGGCUAAUGAGCCUCUGUCUUCAAACUCUGAGGAACUUACAUUUUCACUGGCAUUCACACGUUCUGUUCCCUGUUCUUCUCGGAACGCUUUUGUUUGUGCAGAAGACAAGUGCAUACCUGAGGAAUUCAAAUCAGAUAGUAUAGUGAACUGCCCGUAUGGAAGUUGUUUAGAUGAGCACUGCACAUUUGGAGAGUACGAUGAUGAUGGACCCAAGGUGCCUAAGAGCGGACUAGGCACAAAGGUGGUGCUCGGUGCCGUUGCAACAGUGCUCCUGGCAUUUGUGCUGUUCCUUGUAAUCAUCUGGGUAUUACGACGAUGUCACAAAGCUUGCUGGAGUGCUCCACACCAGCGAGUUCCAGUCUCAGCAGCUGAAUCGGGUGCACUUGCAGAACAUCUUGCCUACAAUCGGGGAAGUAGCCCUCUUGGUCGUACAUCGUCGAGUUCAGGACAUGCACAAUCUCAGUUUCCCCCCACAUCUGUGAUGGUUGAGUCUGUUGCUACUUUGCCACCAUCAGCGCCUCCAGCACAUCUGGCAGCUGACAAAGACCUCCCACCAUCUUACGAGUCGCUCUUUCCAUCACGAUGAAGCAUGUGCAUCGACUCUGGAUGAGGUGAAUCAAAUUAAUCUAAGAAUCAAACACUUUCGCAUCUCAUGUUCUCAAAGCAGCAGUUUGAGACAUCAUAUGCCAUUUUUUAUCAUCAUCAUGUCACUUUCCUGUUAUCUCUCUUUCAUUGAUAUGUAUGAGGUUGCAACCUUGUGAUUAUGCUAUCUAGUUUUACAGAUCUGCUAUGAAGUUAGUUAUAGAAUAUGAAUUUUGAAUGUAUGGCCUUUAUAGCAUAUGAAGAAAAGAGGCAGCAUGUAAUCUGAAGUUUGUAAUGACCAGUUUUCAGGAACAUUUAUGUUGGAGAUUAUGAAACCUAUAUAAGGUGAUUCAAAAUUCCUAUUACAAGCUUCUAGGGGUUGUGGAGGGGUCUUAGUAGAUAAAGUUUUCGAAAGGAAUCAGUGCCCAGGAAUUCAGUGUUUGGUAGUAAAAUCAGUUUGAAGAGCUGAUAACUUCCAAAUCUUCAGCUGUUAUGGUAUGCACAGAAGUUGAGAAUUGGGCACUGUCGUCAGUCCCUGUUGUAAUUCUGACGCCACAUAACACCUUUAUCUGACUACAACAACGACUGAAAGAAAUUGGCACUUUUGAAAGUAGGUGGUUUGGCUGUGAUGUUCCAUGGACAUGCUGCACUUUCAACACUGAAGAGGACACAGAUGAGAGCCCGAGGACAAGUACUCAAAAUAUUCAUGUGCUCCUACAGCACACAAGUCAGAACUCGUUAUCUCCACUUUGUGUAUACCAUGAGGAGUUUAAGUCUCCUCUGCAACCCCUAGAAGCCUGUAAUAGGAAUUUUGAAUCGCCCAGUAUUUGGCAUUGUGUAAUUUUACUUGGGCACAAGUAUUAUAACUGCUGAUAAUUCGUCGAUACGUGGUGGCCAGAAACAGUAAAUCAAUGGUUUAAGAUUGUUUCAGUCAAAAUGCUCUUUUUCAGUGUCUCAGAGACUCAGAAUCGUUUUUUAGCUUCGCUUUGGGUUUGUGAUCAUCCUUGAGCUCAGAUUGAAUAUUAUCUCUGCUUGUUAAAAUGUAUAAAAUAAAAUCUGCUGUGGUGUUAAUGUAAAUUGUAAGUUCGUUACACUUGCAGUAUUCAGCAAAAGCUCAUGGCAUUUUCUUGGAAAUAUGAUAAAAUCAGUUGCAGAAACUAACCCAUUCUUUGACAAAUGUGCUAUGGAAAAACUCUUAUCCAAAUAUGUGGCUAAAUUGUGAUCUUGCCUACAUUUUCAGUAAAACAUUUCUGAGUAGUGUCAGCAUUACAUACCUGCAAACGUUUAAAUGGAGAAUACCCCUUUGUUUAUAAGAACAUUCACAUUUAGGGAUGAGAAACAUCCAAAUACAAUUGUUAGAUAUUGUUUAUAUUUCCUUCCUUUCAGCUUAGAGGUUAGUAUGUAAACAGCA